AGUACCUAAAAUCAAUUUUUAAUAAUCAAAAGCAUCUUCGACUAGAGUGAAUAUUUUAAACUUUGAGAAGGUAUGGUAGACAUCCUGCGAAAAGUUCGGCAUCAGCAUGCAUCAGCGAAUACUGUUUAUCACUGUCUGUAUGAUUAUUAUUAUCUUGGAGUUCGAAAAGAUAUCCUUUCUAAAAUCUAUUCCAAACACCGGACGACGAUUUCAAAUUGGAUUAGAAAAUAUGAGGAACAUGCGUUUUUCAGCCGCAAGGAAAGGGCAAUAGUUUAUCUACGAUUCAAACCAGAGCAGCGGAGAUGGCUAGUGAACCUGUAUGAAAGUUGCCCAAUCAUUUACUUGGAUGAAGCUAAAUCUGAAUAUGAGCGAAAAUUUUACCAAACCAUCAGCACUUCGUCUAUAAGCAGGAUCUUACAUGCUGAAGGUAUGUCCUGGAAAGUGCUAGAACGGCGAGCAAUUCAAUUGCGAAUGAUGGACAUUUACAGAUUUGUGUCAGACAUGGCUAUCGUGUCAUGGGAUAUUCAUUGUCUAUUAUUUCUAGACGAAGUGUCAUUUGACAACCGCGGAAUGCUCCGCAAUAAAGGUUAUGCACCGGUUGGAGAUAAGUUGAUAUACAGAGGUGAAUUCGUUCGUAGACCGCUAUGUUCAAUGCUAAGUUUCUUAGGAUAUGAUGGAGUGCUGGAAACAUAUUCGACAGAAGGAACGUUCACCAGGGAAAAGUUUUUUAAAAUAUUUGAAAAAUAUUUGAAACGUGUUUACGUUGAAAACAAUCGAUAUAACCUAACUGCUGUGAUUGCAGCAGCUCUUCAGCAUUUUAAAUACUAUGAUUGCUCUAAAAUCUUUGCUAAGUGUGGAUAUUUGCAUGGAGGACAAUUUGAUCCAAGCCGGGGUCUUUGUCAAGAUAUGAAACAAUUUGGAUUCAAGGUAUGA